AUGAUGUGCCCAGGGGGCGUCUUGGCCCUCUUGUCGGCCAGGGAGUCCGGGCGACCGAGCAAGAGGACAGCGUGGCGCCACACGGGCUGCGGGCGCGAUGACCGAGAUCUUCAAAUCUGGGCGUCCCAUCACGCGCUGCAGCACUGCAAGAGCGAGUUGUGCGAUUUGCAGUCCCACCCAAGAUCCACAAUCGCGACCGCCGUCAGCCCCGAUGGCAGGCUGGUGGCCUCCACGCACGGUGACCACUCCGUGAAGAUCGUGGACUAUGCCACUGGCAAGCUGGUGAGGGAGCUGACAGGCCAUCGCAGGACUCCAUGGACGGUCCAUUUCCAUCCCACUGACUCGGCCAUCGUUGUCAGCGGCUCGUUGGACAGCGAGGUCCGCCUAUGGAAUGUGAACACUGGGCAGCUACUCCAGUCCAGAGACUUUGGCCGCAACAUUCAAUCAGUGGCCUUCCACCCAUCUGGCAAGUUCUUGGCAGUGGCGGCUGGUCGCAAGGUCUAUCUCUGGGUGCACAACGAGGGUUCGAAGCGGUUUGAGGAAGUCCACAUUGUGCUGAAAACAUCGAAAACCAUACGGACAGUGCACUUCCAUCCACUCAGCUGUUCGUACAUUCUCACAACAGAGAGAAUGGAUCCGCAGAAUGCACCUGAAGCCCAUGCCGCUGGUGAGCAACAAGAACAGCAUAUCCAGCGGCAAGGGUCGUCAUGGGGCUCUGCUCAGUCGCGGCUGUCUGCGUCCUGGUUGGACAGGCGUAUGUCACUGGCCAGCUCUGCCAGCAGUGCUGCUUCGGACAUCAUCGGUCUCAACAGACAUCCACAAGGCGGUGAGGAAGUGAAUGGAAGACCUCUCGAUGGCCUGCAAGGCCGGCAUCUGCAUGGGCCGGAGAUGGCACAGCCGGUUAGGGGUGGUGCUCAUGGCUGGGAUCAAGGGUUUGGCCAGUCGCUUCAUCCAGAUCCCCACCCAGAGAUGUACUCACAGGGAGGCGUGCAGCAUACUCGAACCAACUCAUGGCAGCGUGGAAGAAACGGUGGCAUGCGUGGUCGGGGCAGGUCAUAUGCAGUCCCUGUGGAUGUAUGGCCCAUGCACAGUGGUGGGGAGCGUGGUGUGCCAGAAAACCUCUCCAGCCAGCCACAGCAAGGGGCCCCGAAUGCUCCAGUCGCCAGUAAUACUGCCGACCAGCACCACUGGUGGCCACAAGGCCUUGGCCACACGCCACCUUUGCUGCCAUCGCACAUGGCAUCAGGAGUUCAGGGUGGCCUGCUUGCUGUGUCCAGGCCCCCUGAGCUAGGAAGCGGACCCCAAGGUGAAUAUGGCAAUUAUGUUCCACUGGGUGCUAUCCCUUAUCCAAGGGGACCGGCUGGUGCACACACACAUGCUGUGAGACCUGGGGGGGAAGGUCAUGGCUUCAUGCUGGGAGCAGGGAUUGAGCGGCCAUCUGGCAUGCAGCAAGGAGUCCAAGACCUGCAAGGGGGCCAUGGGUUUGGUUUCCAAACCGGCAGGGGUCCUGAUGACGCUGAAGAGGAUGCGAGCAGUCUAAUCUUGGCACAGAUGAACCGCACACAGCACAGUGGAGUGGCAUCAUCUUCUGCACUGGGCACCCUGGGGGACGACCUGAUUGCCCAGAUGGUUAACUUGAUACACAUGCCGUCUGCUGAAGCCUCCAGCAUGGGUUCUGGCUUUGUGCAUUCGGGUUCUGGAAUCCAGUUGAUUCCACCUGAGCCAACGAGCUCAAGUGCCCACAGCCAUCGGCCCCCGGGCUUGGCGCUCAGAUUGUACUCACAGUCAAGUGCCAGCUCCUCAGGCAGCCCGUCUGUGGCGGAGACGUCACAGGUGUUGCUCAACAGCCUGGAAACGCCUGCCAUACAGAGGACAGGAGAUGUCUCUGAAGUUCCUUUGGUGACGCCUGCACCUGCCAUGCGAGCAUAUGCCUCCAUGCCGUCGCAGGAGCUGCCGUGCAUAACCCAGCUCACUCUCUGGCACUUUUGCGAGGAGGAACCUGACCGGGAGCUCACCGAUGCGCAAUUGGUCAUCAAUGGGGUCGUGCUGUGCAGCGAAAUGGGCGCGCACAUUGCUGCUUGUGGCCGUUUGCUUGCUGCAUGCACUGCACUCUUGGACCACAGUGUGGAUGGCUAUGGGCAAAUGCGGUCCUCAUUCCAGUACGAGCUGAAGCUGUUUUCACUGGAAAGGUCGACAAUGGGGCAGGUGAUCAGGUCCAGGCCCGUCUCCGCUGGCCACUGCCUGACAUCGAUUCAGUUUUCGCCCGACUGCAGCCUCGUGCUCCUUUCGUACGGAAAGAAGCACGAGUCGCUGGUGCGUGACUUGGUCGCGAGGGGACAGGCCAUUGGCAAGAUUCGCACCCUCCUGGAGGUGUACAGGGUUUCGGACUUGGCGCUCGUGCGGGUCCUUCACAGCGUUGAAGACGAUGCCAACACGGCAUGUUUCCAUCCAAUCCCGGGCGAGGGCAUCUUGUAUGGAACGAAAGAUGGGAAGCUCAGGGUGUUGAGGCAAUGCCAGCCUGUCGAAGAUUGGGAGGAGGGAGGGGACGCAACUGUGUUUGAAGACGAACUUGUGUCAGUGGAUGAACUGGUGCACAGUCAGGAGGCUGGCCCGGGGGCAUGUUGA